GGGCUGUUGUGAAAAACGGGUGAUAGGCAGUUGGCUUUCCCCUACCCCGAAAAAAAAAAGCUUUUCCUUUUGCUCUCCCCUUUUCUCCUUUCUCUUUUUUUUUCACCUCUAAAGAAUCAUACUUGUUAGAAUAAUUACGAACAAGAUGGCCCCUAAACCGAUUUUCACUGCUACACACCCCAGGGCUUGCUCCACAGCGUUUGAGCGUGUAUUUUUGACGCGCAGAGACAUCAUGGACACUGCUCAUGAGCCUUUUGGCGAUCCUGCCUACUUUGGGCCCGAACGCCUCUGCGACAGGUUCAGAAACGAUGUCGAGACGAGGCACGCAACCGGCAUGGCCGACAUCACCUACAAAGAUGUUCUCGAUUCAUUACAGGAGCCCGGUAAAAGAGGCCGCCGAGUCUUUAUCAAGGACAUGGCGCAAUACCUCAUCGCUCCACAUGGUAGACCAACAUCGAUUGCUCAAUCGCUAGGCGCAGCCCAAGAGCCCGGCAAUCCAACAGUCCUCCCCAUCGCUGAGCUCAAGAAAUUCCAUUUUACUUUUCUUAUUCGUCAUCCCCGCCGCUCUAUCCCAUCUUACUGGCGCUGCACAAUCCCUCCCCGCAAAGAGGUCACUGGCUGGGACUACUUUGAUCCCGCCGAGGCUGGUUAUGCGGAGCUUGUCACCCUGUUCAAGUUUUUAGAUGAGCAAGGAAUCAUUGACAAGUCAAAUGUCACCGUCAUUGAUGCGGACGAUAUGUUGGAUAACCCAGAGGGUAUCAUCCGCGCCUACUGUGAUAAAACCGACAUUGAUUUCAAGGAUACCAUGCUCAAUUGGAACAAGGAAGACGACAAGUAUGCUCAGGAGCUCUUUGAGAAAUGGAAUGGCUGGCACGAUGAUGCCCUCCAGACAUCAUGCCUCCAGGCUAGAGCCCACCCCAAGAAAGUUUCUACCAUUGAAAUGGAAAACAAGGAGUGGGAGGAAAAGUUCGGCUCUGCCGCACAAAAGGUCAUCCGCCAGACUGUGGACGACAACGUCCCACACUACGAUUAUCUCAAGCAAUUUGCUAUAACGGUGUAA